UUGCGCUGCUGCGGAGUGAAUCAGGUGUCUGUGCUCCACUCGCUCGGAUCCACUGCCAUGGAAAAGUCUCAGAGAACCCCGACGGCCAACACGCACGUCUACAGGGGCACGUUUAUCCACUCCACGCCGCAGACUGCGCUCCACAUCCUGGAAGAUGCGCUUCUCGGAGUGAACAGAGAAGGAAAGAUUGCCUUUUUUGGGAAAGGUGAGAAGCUGGAAGAACUAGCUCAGAACUUUGGAUUCAGUCCAUCUGAAGUCAUUCAACUGGGAAAAUAUGAGUUCUUCAUGCCAGGAAUGGUGGACACCCACAUCCACGCACCCCAGUACAGCUUCUCCGGCACAGGGCUGGACUUGCCCUUGCUGCAGUGGCUCAAUACGUAUGCAUUUCCUGCAGAGUCACUCUUUAAAGACUUGAAAUUUGCUCGCAGAGUCUACACGCAAGUAGUGAAAAGGACUCUGAGAAAUGGAACAACUACUGCAUGUUACUUUGCUACCAUACAUACAGAUGCAUCUCUUCUGCUGGGCCAGAUUGCAGAUAACCUUGGACAACGUGCUUUUGUGGGUAAGGUGUGUAUGGACAGGAACAAUUCAGUGAAGCAUUACAAAGAGACCACUCAGGAGUCAGAACAGGAAACCCGCCGGUUUAUUGCAGAGCUCUUGGAUAAGAAGUACCGUCUCGUGAAGCCGAUUGUGACUCCCCGCUUUGCUGUGUCCUGCUCAAGGGCCUUGUUAGAACAGCUCGGAGAAAUUGCCAAGAAUAACAAUCUGCAUAUUCAGAGUCACAUCAGUGAAAACCCAGAGGAAGUGAAACUAGUGAAACAGCUGUUUUCUGAAUCAAAGUCCUACUCGCAGGUCUACCACAAAUACAACCUGCUGACUGACAAGACUCUGAUGGCCCACGGCUGCUUCCUCAGUGAUGAAGAGCUGGAACUGUUCAGAGAGAUGGGGGCCUCUUUGUCUCACUGCCCCAACUCCAACAUAUCAUUAUGCAGUGGCCUGUUGGAUGUCCGAAAAGUCCUGAAGCACAAAGUGAAGUUGGGGUUGGGAACUGAUGUGGCGGGAGGCUAUUCUGCCUCCAUACUGGACGCCAUGAGGUGCGCCUUGCAAACAUCCAAAAUUUUGACCCUCCAGAAACCACAGUAUGUCAGGCUCACCUUUGAAGAGGUGUUCAGGCUGGCUACACUGGGAGGCAGCCAGGCCUUGGCUCUUGAUGAUCACACAGGGAACUUUGAAGUGGGCAAAGACUUUGAUGCAAUAAGAGUGAAUGUUGCUGCUGUUGGUGGACCAAUUGACCUGUUCCAACAAGAAGAACCAAAGGUUCUUUUGGAAAAGUUCUUGAUGUUGGGUGAUGAUCGGAACAUCGUGGAGGUGUUUGUUGCUGGAAAGAAAGUGGUGCCAUUUGUAGAGCCUUUGGAUAAUAUGGAGUAAAACCUCCACAUACGGUUGUGUUCAAAAUAGCAGUGUGUUUCAAACACUGUAAAGCUCAAAAAUCUGACAAUACCUUUUAUUUCCACACACUCCAGUGGAACCACUGCACAUUCUA